GGAGGAGGCUCGGCUCUUUCUCUCGUCCCUUUUCCAGGCCGCCGGGGGGGGGGUGGUUACCAGCCGCCCCCUCCCGCCCCUCCCCCCUCAGGCCGUUAACCUACAUUGCCGCCGGCUGCCAUGUGCCCCGGCAGAUAGCGGGUCGGGGGGAGGGGACGGCCCGGCAGCGGCCUCGGCCUCGGCCUCGCGCGCAACGGCGCGGGCGCCUGGCGAGCGGGCAGGGCCGCGGGCCCGGCCCCGGCGUACGCAGCCCCCGCGAGCGGCCGCGGCCAAGGCGUGGGGGAGGGGUCGGACCGGGACGCGGCGCCUGCGGGAGCGCGGCGGGGGGGACACGGAGGUCGCGGCGCCACGGCUAGGAGCCCGCCGGCCAUGUCGAGCCGCGCGCCCGCCUUCCCCGCCGCCGAGGCGAGAGGCUGAGGCGCCGCCGCGGCGCGGGGGGCGGCAGCGCCCGGGCGGCGAGAGCCUGGCGCCGCCGCGGGGGGCCAUGGCGGAGGCGGCGGUUGGCGGCUGGGAGCAGCGGCUGAGCCCGGAGCUGCAGCAGGGCUACCGCAUCCUCGGCGAGUUCCUGCUGGAGAAGCACCGGCCGCUCACAGCGCCUUUCCUGCAGCCCCUGGCAGGGGAGGAGGGCAGUGGGGGAGGAGCCGCCGCCGAGGCGGGGGGGGGCGGCAGGCGCUCCCCGCAGCCGCCACCGGGCGGGAUGUGGCUGUUGAAGAUGGAGGAGAAAUUCUCCCGCGGGCAGUAUGCGGGCAUCACCGACUUCGUGGCCGACUUCCGCCUGAUGCUGGAGACCUGCUACCGCCUGCAUGGCGUGGACCACUGGCUCUCCAAGCAGGCUCAGAAACUGGAGAUGAUGCUGGAGCAGAAGCUGGCGCUCCUGUCCCGGCACUUGAGAGAGAAGACAACAAUAGCAGUAACAUCCAAAGGUUGCUAUGGGUUAGAAGAUGAGAAAGGAACAGCAUGCACUUCAACAAGGCGUCGUUCCACACCUCGCAACUUAGUAGGGUUGACAACUGGCAUGUUUGAGUCCAUAAUGGUUCAGGUUCUGAGACAAGAAGAACAGCUGAGAUUAAAAGAAGAAAAGAGGCUACGGGAGCAAGAAAGGAAAGAGGCAGAGGAAGCCAGUCAAAAAGAAAUAGAAGAAUGGGAAAAGUCACUUUUAGCUCAAGCAGCCCCUACAAGGAUGGAGACCAUGUGGGAAAUUCCAGCUAUUGGUCAUUUUCUUUGUUUAGCACAACAGAUUUUAAACUUGCCGGAAAUUGUCUUCUAUGAGUUGGAACGCUGUCUUUUGAUGCCUCAGUGUAAUGCUUUUUUAGCUAAAAUAAUGACUUCUUUGUUAAGUCCUCCUCAUCGCAGAUCUACUUUGCAUCGAAGACCAACUCUUCCUUACAGGACUUGGGAAGCAGCACUUAGACGGAAAGUACAGCAAUGGUAUACUGUGGUAGGGCAAACUGAUAAUCCAAAUAGUUGUGCAGAAAAACUUGGGCUAUCCCCCCAGUUUUUUAAAGUCCUUGGAGAAGUCAGUCCUUUGGAGGAAAAACCAUUUCAUGAGCUCCCAUUCUACCAAAAAGUGUGGCUCCUAAAAGGCCUCUGUGACUUUGUGUACGAAACACAAAAAGAUGUCCAAGAUGCUGUGCUUGGGCAACCUAUCCAUGAAUGCAGGGAAGUGAUCCUUGGUUAUGAUUACUUGGAGAAUGCAUAUGUUCAUUUUCCACAGUUCUGUGGUGCAGAUGUACGGAUUUACAAACAAAAACCUUUCCAGGCUCCUGAAUUUCCAACUCCACCUAUUAAAGUAAAAAGAGUACCACGGAUUAAAUUGGAGAAAAUGAAACGUGAGUAUGUCAGCAAAAGCAAUGGGGAAGUCCGAACUGGUGGUAGAGAAGAGCUCCUACCUCAUUCCAAGACAGAACCAGGGAAAAGUGUGGUUUCUAGUGCUUGUAGUCCAGCAACAAAAAUUGGCUUGGAUAGCUUUAGUGUCAUCACAAAGAAAGAACUUAAAUCCAGUUGUGAAAUAAAAACUCACAGGGCCUGUGAGAUGAGAAAACCUGGAUGCUGUAAAGAGAACUUGGAGAAGCCAGUUGGUGGCUUGGAGAAACCAGGAGAAGUUGCUUGCUUUGGGGAACCUCUUAGCCCAGGAGAAGUCAGAGUUGUAGAAAAUGGGGAGAAAUGUGCUGAAGUUUCCACAGUAAAAACUGAGUCCAGCCCAUUAAAAGAGAAUACUCUUAAAACCUGUCAAAUGCAUGUGAAUGGCAAUCGUAGUGAUAACCCAGAUGUGAAUUGCCACAAAAUUACUAAAGAAAUGAUGUUAGAGAAUUCUCUGCGUAAUAAUCAAAAGCUAAAACUUACAAAGAUGCGGGCAAAAAAGAAGAAAAAGAAAAAAAAGAAAUUAAAAGAUAUUUUGAAUGCAAAUCUGCAGAGAAAACUUGAUGAUCUGCAGAGAAAACGUGAGAUGCAUCCAUACCUAUUCAAAUCUUACAAACCUGAGAUCCAGAAUAAGUUGUUUAUCAUCAAAAAGAAAGCAAAACACAAAAAGCACAAAUCUGGAAAAAAAUCCAUAUCUAAAAAAGCAAUCACAAAGAAGAGGAAAACUGUUACCAAGUCUGCUAUACCAGAAUUUCAGCUUAUUUGCACUAAUCUUGAUGAACUCAGGGAUUUAAUCACAAAAAUCGAGAAUGAACUCAAAGAUUUGGAGAGCAUUAAAAAGAAAUCGGGAAGAUGGUACCUUCGGAAGCAAGCAGUAAAGGAAUUGCACUGUACCUUGAUACGACUGCUAAAUGAAUUGUUACCAUGGGAACCAAAGUUAAUGAAAGCUUUUCAAAGAAACAGGUCUCGAUUGAAGAAGGACUAUGAUGAUUUUAAAAGACAUCCAGACCAUGAUAAGUUUACCAGAGAAUUAUGGAGUAAUGAAGAAAGUGAAAAUGAUACAGGAAAAGAAUCUUUUGGUGCAGUAACAAGUACAUCUUCAGAAUCUACAGAACAUCUGGACUUCCUCAAAAAUGAUUACUCAGACCUUGAUGAAAUGAAACUGUUAGAGAUGGAUCUGCCUGCAGGAAAAAGCAGGUUACAAAAAAAAGAAUUGACUUGUAAAGAAACAAGUAAGUCACUGUUCAAGGCCAUGAAACGUCAGUCCAAGCAAAACAGCAAUCUGGAUGAUAGCACAGAUGAGCUUUCACCAAGAAAGAAAGCCAGGCUUAUUUCAAAUGAGGCUCCAGUCCAGAGUUCAGAAAAUGAUAUGCCAACUGAUAGUGGCUUGAAUGAACUGAAACAAAGUGAGCUGCCACCUCCAGAAUCAUUUGCUUUGAUGGAUCCUGCAACAUCAAUAUCAAACUUUCUGAAAGGGACCAAACCCAUCCAGGCCCUGCUUGCCAAGAAUAUUGGGAACAAAGUGACCUUAACGAAUCAACUGCCACACUCUAUAGACACGAGCAUAUCUACUUCUGAAAAGUCAGGUAUGCCAUCUGUGGAAUCAUCCCCAAAAAAGCCAGCAUUACCCUGCCAGACAACUUCAAAGAGUCCUUUACAGAUGGUAUACAAAAUGCCAAGUGGCCAUUGUGUACCAGUAGAUCUCCAUAAUAGCCCAGUGAAAAUUCAAAUGCAACCCGUUACAGACCCUAAAACAGGAGAAAAAACUGUGCAACAAGUUUUUAUUUUACCUAAAAAUUUUCUUAUUCAGCACAAAGAGGGAAAAACUAUGACACAGGAAAUUCAGUCACUGCAGCAAAAGACUCCUGAGCUCCACUGUACUUCUCUCCCACAGACAGAAAAUGUCAGUGUUUCUUUAACACCUGUUCUUGUAACUCCAAGUAUAAAUGUCACUAGUCAACUAUCUAGUACAGUUUUAAACAAGAGUAUUACACAUUUGUCACAGAUGACUAGUCCAGUGACUCGGCCACAACUUUUGCCUUCCAUAACCUUAACAAGUAACUUAUCAUCAACAGUUAAAAUGAACCAAAAUGAGACUGACAAAAGUAAGACUGCAGUUUCAGCUGUAGCAUUUCCUGUACCUUUAGCUUCACCUGUUGCUUCCAUAGCAGGUCAAACUCUGGCAUCAGCAACAACACUAAGUGGAUCUACAAAUACUUCUUGUUCACUCCAUAAGCUCACACCACAGCAGUCCAGUGACUCCAGAGAAGCUAAACAAGAACUGAAAACAGUGUGUAUAAGAGAAUCACAGUCCAUUCUGGUCACAACACGAGGAGGGAACACAGGAAUUGUUAAAGUGCAAACAAAUCCAGACCAGAUUUCACCUAAUAGUUUAUCUCCUAAUUCAGUGUUCACAUAUACACCUCAGCUUCAGACAUUUUUGGUGCCAAAAUCCACAACACUGUCAACAUCUACUUUUUCCUCUGUAGCAACAGCCACAUCUGGUCUCCCAUUGGUUAGUCAAUCUUCUGUUUCUGGUUUUGCCUCCUCAUCAGUGUCUUCUGUUGCUAUUCCAGCCUUCCCUACUGGUUUAAACCAGAUAAUGGGAAAAAAUCUCAAAAUUGCGUCAGGGCAGCCUCCUAAUGGUGGCAGUUUGGGUCAAGUGAUAGAGAAGGCUCAACAAGUGUCUUCUCCUAGCUUCCUGUCCCCUGUUUCACCACCUAGCACUUUGAUAUCAUCCACUCCAAAUAGCAAUGCUAAUAUAAUUAACGUUUCUACAGGAAAUAUUGGACAAAGUAACACAGGUAUUAUGCAGAUUCCUUCAACAAAGCAACAAGUUGAUAUUAAAAACAUAAAACACCUUGUGGCACAAACCAAGACUAGCACAGUGACAAAUGGAGAGGUUAUCAGUGGUACAUCAAUUCAGAAACUUAUGUUGGUCACAAAUCCACCUAUUAUUUCUCCCUGUGGAGCUCCAGGUGUCAAUAUAAUACCUGCUCCAACAUCGGCUGGUAUUAGUUCCCAGAAAUUAGUUUUCAUUAAUACUCCAAUUCCCAAUGGCCCAUCAAGCACUAGUCUAGCUGUAGAAUCAAUAAAACCCACCCACCCUUCUCCCUUAGGCAAAACAUACGUUAACACCACAGAGCAACCUCAUUUCGUUUUUAUUCCAUCUACAAUGGCAGCACCAAUAAAAGUAAAUUCAUCAUCUACUGUGUCUCAAGUAAAAGAUGUGAAAAUUGGACUAAAUAUAGGUCAAGCCAUUGUAAAUACCAAAGGCAGUGCACAGUAUAUUCCCCCCAUUAACAUAUUGCAUUCUGCAGCUCCUAAGGGAACAGAGGACAGCACCAGCAAGGGUUUUAUUUUACCUUUGUCUGCCAGUGGUGGUGUGGUGCCAGUAUGUUCUAGUUUAGGGAGUCACGGUAUUACAUCUGUUAAUGAAUCCACAGGAAUGCCGAACAAAACAGUAACUGCUUUUACGGUAACAACAGCAAAUACAUGUUUAGAGUCUGUUUCAGUGGUGCCAAGUGGAACUUUGGUUGGGGCACAACCGUCUGUCUUGCUUGGUGGAGAUGAUGCUUCAAGAAUAAAGCCAGUUUUAGCUAAUCGACUGUGUACUUCUAAUGUUGGAAAUUCUAUGGGUAUUUCAACUGUGAAAACAGGGCAUCUUGCUUCAUCUGUUCUAAUUUCAGCUAUACAACCAACAGCAUCUCCUCAAAAUUUAUCAUCUACUUUACAGUUUCCAGUUGCAGUUACCCUGCCUGGACAUGUAUCAGCUUCCCCUAAAGUAGUACCCACAGUUCCUCACUUGGCAGCAGUUCCAGCUGCUGCUCAAUGUGUACCUCUUCCAAAAGGGCAGCCAUCCACACUGGUUCAGUUUCAGUCUCCAGGAAUUUCGGUUGCAGUGCCAACUACUUCAAAUAUUAAUAAAACUCAAACUGUGGUGCCCUCUGCUUCACCAAAUACAGGUAAAAUAAUUAGUUUUUCCAACUUUGCUUCUCUGCCUUGCCAGCAGAUGCCUCCUAGUUUAGUAAAACCAAGUCAUGCUUACACUUGCACUCCAGGUGCUUCUGCCAUUCAGACUGUUACAGCUUCACCAACUGUAACUACCCAGGCAGGAGGUCAUUUGAUUGAAUCUUGCAUUGCACAGAAAAUAUUUCUUAAUACCUGUACACCUUUGGCACCUGGAACUCAGAUAAUGAUUAAUGGCACUCGGUUUAUUGUUCCACCGCAAGGCCUUGGAGCUGGCAGCCACGUUCUUCUCCUCUCUGCCAAUCCAAAACAUGGGCUUCCUGUAGUUAUUAACAAUGGCCAAGGGGUUCAAGGUGUACCAAUUGUUAAUCCCAUACCGCAGAGGGUCACACUAGCAUCAGGUAAUUCAGUAAGUUGGCAGACAUCAAAACACCCUCUAAAAAGUUCUACAAAAAUUGUGAAUUCUCUUGGGACUGUGAGCACUCUACCUAUUGUACAUGCAACACCACAGAUAGUAAAUACCAGUACUAAUUCAUGUGCUGGACCAUCUACAACAGCAUCAGGUGUGUCUCCAGUAAUAAAUCCUUCAGCUAAUGCUUUAUCUACAAGUUCCUUGGUUUCUACUGUACAUGCUGGUAACCCUCAGUUAUCAAGUAGCACUUCAGUAUUUCACUUAGAUACAUCUAUUAAGAAACUCUUGGUCAGUCCAGAAGGAGCCAUUUUAAAUGCUAUAAAUACUCCAGCAUCAAAAGCUUCCUCUCUUUCUUCAUCCCUGUCCCCUGUUGUAGUGUCCACAAAUAGAAAUUCUUCCACUGUCUUCCCUGUUUUUCAAUCAUCUGGUCUAGAUAAACCUGACAAAGCUGCAUCUUGACUUUAGAGUGAAUGAGCCACUUGCAAAUAUUGGGGCAUUCUUUUGACUUUUGGAAGUCAUUAAAACUGUUAACCAUUUCUUACACGGUUUUAUAACAUUCAGUGCAUUAGUUGAUUUCUUUAAAUUACUUUGUUAGAUUGUAUCUGUUUUGUUUGUGGGAGACGUGAGGAAGUUAUGUUUAAUUUGAUUUAAAGCUAUGCUUUUAAAAGUUUGUUUAAUAUAAAAUGGUCAAAAAUGAACAACCGGUUAAUAUACAUUGCAAAAUGUAAAGUUUGAUUUUAGUUUUGAGGAAUCUAGCCUUUUGCACAUUUACAUUGACAUGUUUCAUCCAACAGUUUGGACUUUUUGCAGCGAGUUUCUGACAGUAUGCAUCUCUUUAUUUGUCAAAUCUUAUUUUGGUUUGAUUUUUUUUUUUUUGUAAAAAUAUAUUUAUGCAUUGUAAAAAUUCAACCCAUGGUAUAAAAAUGUACAUAUUCCCGAAUCCCUAACAAUCUGUACUAAACUAUAUGUACAAAGAACUAUGCUGUCUUAUUUAUGUUUUGUUUACAUAAUGUAUAGUUUUUUAAGUAUUUUAGUAAUUUUGGACCAGUGUACUGUUUAGCAACGAUGCAGAAAAAUCUGCAUGUAAUAAAUCAAGUUGCUGUACAA